AUGGCGCGGACCGCAAUAGGCGGGUUUCAAGGCGGGCUGUCCACCUUCACCGCCCCGCAGCUUGGUGCCGCUGCCAUCGCAGGCGCGGUGGCGCGCGCGCGGCUGCCCGGGGGAGCAGCGGCGGUGCAGGAGGUGGUGAUAGGGAACGUGCUGAGCGCGGGCUUGGGGCAGGCGCCCGCCCGACAGGCCGCGCUGGCAGCAGGGCUCUUAGACACGACCAUCUGCACCACUGUCAACAAAGUCUGCUCCUCAGGACUCAAAGCGAGUCAGGCCAUCAUGCUGGGCCACCAGAGCGUCAUAGCAGCGGGCGGCAUGGAGAGCAUGUCGCAUGCGCCCUACCUGCUGCCACGUGUCAUCAAGCCGCGGCGCCACGGUGACCUGGCGCUGUGCGACUCGCUCAUCCUGGACGGGCUCUGGGACCCCCGCGCCGGCUGCCACAUGGGCACCAUUGCUGAUGCCGCCGCUGCCCAGCUCCGGAUCUCUCGCCGCGAGCAGGACGAUGAGGCGAUCAACAGCUACAGCAAGGCCGUCACAGCACAGGCCACGGGUCUCCUCGCGUCUGAAAUAGUGCCCGUGCCACACCCGCAUGCUGCCACCACUGCUGCUGCUGGUGCUGCUACUGCCACUGCGAAGAAGGGUGAGGGGGCAAAGGCUGGCAAGGGUGGAAGCACGGCUGGUGGAGGAAGAGGAGGCGGAGACGCAUGCUUGAUGCACGACGAGGAAUGCACACGGUUCGACCCUGAGAAGAUGCGCGCGCUACCGCCGGCCUUCUCGCCCAACGGCUCUGUGACAGCAGGCAAUGCGUCGGUGCUGAGUGACGGUGCUGCAGCGCUCGUGCUCACCUCCGCUUCCUAUGCGCACCAACACGGCCUGCCCGUGCUCGCCCGCGUGCUCGGCUUUGCUGAUGCCGAGCAGGCACCGGAGCGGUACCCCACAACAGUGUCGCUGGCCAUCCCCAAGGCGGUGCAGGCAGCAGGGCUGACCCUCGAGUGCAUCGACCUCUUUGAGAUCAACGAGGCCUUUGCUGCCAUCACAAUAGCCAACGAGCGGCUGCUCGGGCUAACCCCAGACCAGGUGAACCUGCACGGGGGAGCAGUGGCCCUAGGCCACCCCAUAGGCGCAUCAGGGGCACGGGUGCUCAUGUCGCUGCUCUCCUGCCUGGCUGCCACGGGGCUCAAGCGUGGCGUGGCAGCGGUGUGCAACGGGGGUGGCGGCGCGACCGCAGUGGUGGUGGAGCGAGAAGAGGGGUUCCGGCUGGAGGGGCACGGGCCGGGGCACUGGCAGCAGCAGGAGAUGCAGGCCAAGGAGCGCAGCGCCGCGCGCUGA